AUGCUCACGUCUGCGUCGCUCGGGCCAGAUGACUCCAUCACUCUAUACGAAAACCCAUAUACGGCGCUCGAAAAGCUACAAGACGCCAGUAAAGACAAGGAAAUCGAGUCGUCCGGCGAUGUCAACGGUGUCGACUGGCGCAAAUACGAACCUCCGGCCGCACUUAGAAAAGCACCGACUAUCAAAUCUCAAAUUCUCCUAGACAUCGUCUUUAGCUCGAUUGAAAACGUCAAGUCGAGAGUCGAAGAAGAAGAAAGGCUGCUGAAAGAGGCUGCUGAAGAAGAUGAGCGACGGACAGCCGAAGAGAAACAAAAGGCAAAAGGCAAAGAGCCUUAUUUACCCGUCAUCGUUCCGACCAAAGACUCGCCAGCCGAAUCGUCAUCAUCAAAUAUCAAUACCAGACGCACAGUCGCAUCAAGUACAACCUCAGACUUUUUGUUGUCAGCAUCCAACGACCUUGUGGCAAAAGCAGAGAAGCGACGAAGGUUUGGGCUGCGCAAUAUAUUCCAGCGGAGCCCAGAAGGAGGAGAAACUAGUGCCGCUGGACGGUCUCGAGAAGCUCUUCGACACAAGCUAGAGACCAAGAUUCUAUCCUUUGACGCAAAGUCAACCGAUCCGAAAACUGAAGAAGCUAUCGCAGUUCUCCGAAAGCUCAAGUUGCUCAAGACAGUAGAUGUCGAUGAACUAGUAGAAUGCGUCUCUUGCUUGGACGACAUUCCCACAAAGGACACGGUCAAAGUCUCAUGCCAUAGUUACUGCCGCGACUGCUUCGCUCGCCUCGUAUCAGCAGCAGUUCAAAAUGAACAGCAGUGGCCGCCCAGGUGCUGCUUGAACCAGAUCCCCUUCAAGACAGUCCUCAAAAAUAUUCCCGACGACCUCAAGAAGACGUUUCAUGAAAGAUCAUCGGAGUGGGAAAUCCCCAUCAGCGAGCGAGUGUACUGUUACGCCCCUGAUUGCGGUAUUUGGAUCAGACCGGGCAAAAUCAGCCUUGCGAAGCGUCAAGCCUGCUGCGAGCGAAAUCAUGUCACCUGCACCAUUUGUCGAGGCCAAGCGCACGGAAAUAACGACUGCCCCCAGGAUCAUGACUUGAAUCUGACCAACCUGCUGGCGGAAGAAGAAGGCUGGAAACACUGCAUCUCCUGCCAUGCAUUGGUGGAACAUAAAGAGGCGUGUCAACACAUGACGUGCAGAUGCGGUGCCGAGUUCUGUUACGUGUGCGGAUUGCAGUGGCGAACGUGUGGGUGUACAAUGGAACAGCUUCGUGCAAUCAAAGAGGCGGCCAAGUCUCGGAGGGAACAACGAUUGCUGGACGAACAGGCGGAUGCCGAAGAGCUGCGUGAGAUUCUGGCUCAGAUCAAUGAAUUUGAACGUCAGGAGGCUUUAAGGCUGGUGGCGCAAAGGCUGGAGCAGGAAAGGUUAGAACAGGAACGUUGGCGGGCCGAGGUCGAGGAAAGGCUCAGGCUGGAAGAAAUUCGCCGUCAGGAUGUCGAGAUCAAGUACCGCCAGUUACAGGAUCUGCUGGACGAUUUACAUGAGCUUCAACACGUGAUGGCCGAUUCCAAGCAGGAAGACGAUGCCAGAGAUUUGGCUACGGAAGCCGAACUGGAGAAGAAGCGGCUUGAAGAGAAGCAUCAGGCUGAACGCAAGGAGUUGGACUCGUUGGUGCUGGUCAGGCUCAAAGCCAGGGAAGACCAGUAUGAAAAAGAAUAUGCUGCUCGAGUGCACUUGGAACGCCAACUAGAGGACGACUACCUGGAGCAGCUUCGCGAGUUUUGGAGUGGCAAAGAUGGAGGAGAUGAGAGGAUCGAAACAAGCAUGCAGCCAUUGCGCCAGCGUAUGGAUUCCGCAUACCAGUCGUGGCAGAGGUGGAGAGACGACCAACUGGCCCAUUAUCGAGACGGACUUGAGGAUGAGCGGACCGCAAAAGAAGAUUUCAUGUACAGUUCGAGUAAAAGGCUGGACGCAGCGCACUUGGACAAGGAGACGGAGUUGGCGAGGCGAAUCGUGGCUGAGAAGCAGUGGAUUCGGGAGGUGAUGCUAGAGCGUGGGCGGUUGCUCGGCGAAAUGGAGAUUCGGGAGACGGAAGACGAUGCGGACAGCCUAUAUGGCCUCGAGUUGGACGAGUAG